GGCGGGAAGGCGUCGAAGUUGAGGGAGAAACCGAAACCACUGAGGCGGGAGCGGCAAUCUACUGGACUCAACACAACAAUGGCAGUUGCCCAGAAGAUGAAGAAUGCUGUGAGUGCAGCCACGUUUCCCAGCAAGGUGAGCACGGAGCAUCAGUCGCUUGUCCUGGUGAAGCGUCUUCUGGCUGUGGCAAUCUCCAGCAUCACCUAUCUCCGAGGGCUAUUUCCUGAGUACGCCUAUGGUACACGAUACCUGGACGACCUUUGUGUGAAAAUCCUGCGGGAAGAUGACAACUGCCCUGGAUCAUCGGAAAUCGUGAAAUGGAUGAUGGGAUGUUAUGAUGCAUUACAGAAAAAAUAUCUGCGGAUGUUGGUUUUAGCUAUCUACACCAACGAGGAGCCCCAGACAGUUACUGAAUGUUAUCAGUUCAAGUUCAAAUAUAGGAAAGGAGGACCAUUGAUGGAUUUCGCAAGCAACAAUGGGAAAAUAAGGUCCACCAUAAGCUGUUUGGACACGAAGAAAGCCAGCAUCCUGCUCAUCCGCAAACUCUGCGUCCUGAUGCAGAGCCUAGGACCCCUUCCCAAUAACAUCUGCUUGAAGAUGAAGUUGUCUUACUAUGAUGAAGUUACCCCGUUGGACUACCAGCCACCGGGCUUUAAAGAGGGCACUUCGGGGAACAUGAUAUUCGAAGGCAAUCCUAUCUUCCUGAAUGUGGGUGAGGUUGCCACCCCUUUUCACGUGCUGAAGAUGAAGGUCACUACUGACAGGGAGCGGAUGGUGGAGUCCCUGGACCAGAACAUGCAGGGGGAGAAUGACAGAGCCCAGGCUCUAGAAGUGGACCGAAAUGAGCAAGUCGAAAUUAGUGACACUUUACUAUCAGAAAGCCCAGCUGCAUCCCAAACACUCGUUCCUGAAAAGAGUAACGCUGAUGAACAAGAUGCAGGAACAAAAACACCACCAGAGGCUGGAAAGAACACAAGUCCAAAAAAGAGCAUCCCCCUGUCACUGGUGGAGAACUUAGUGAGCAAGACGUCAGAAUUGGAGCUAUCUGGCAGGAGGACAAGAAGUGGGAAGCUCUUUGAUGCAAAUUCCGUAUCUGUGAAGCCAGUGGACAAAGGAGGCCAAAAGCCAGUGGACAAAGGAGGCCAAAAGCCAGUGGAAGACUCGCAGAGAAAGGCUGCUGGUAAAAAGAGAACCACCUCGGAACAAUCAAAACCUGUGUAUCAGUUUGAAAUCCCUUGCAGCCAGGAUGAAGACCCAAAGAAGAAGAGGAAGAAAUUCAGUGAGCCCAAGGAACGGUUUCGUUAGCUGACACAUUCACGUCCACCAGCUCUCUGGUUUUACAUGUCUCCUCGACAUCCACGUUCCUUUUCAGUCGCAGAAACCAGUUGUCAGGAGUUUACUUCCUUAAUGCUGGUGUGUUGUUUGGGGAGGAGAGAAGGCAGAAUAAUGGCCUUACAGAAAUUUCCCCCUUAUUCUUGUUAUGCAUCGUUCUCUCGUUCUGCCAAUCCCUUGUCAAGGCAGAUGGCUUAGGGACACGCUGAAACUAUUUUGCCCUUGCAUCCUUUUCAUAGGUGGCAGAUUAGUUCCAUCUCCCCCCUCAAAUAUACAAACUGUCCCCUCAUGAGUAGAGGAUCCCAAAGAUUUGCAAAAAAUACUUUCCUCAUCUUAGCCCCAAGCACGUAACGUACAUCACUGUCACCCAAUUCUAAAAGAGCCUGUUAGCACCUACCCUGUCACAGUCUCCCUGGGGCUGCCUUCAAAAUUCCAAUGGCCCCUUCAAAGACAGCUCUCCCACCUGAAGAACUCUUUGUAUGAACCUUUGCUGUCUGCCCCAUCCUCCAAUCGUUUUGCUAAUGUCCACAGGAACCACCCAGUUUCUAUGAACAUUUACAAGAGUGUCAUUAGAAGCAGUGAAAUAUUCAUACCCCAUGGUUGAGGGAAUCACUGCUGCAUUGGAAAUCAAAACUGCGGCAGGCAAAUGAAAUCUAAAAUAUACAGAAAAAUACUUAGCAGGUCAGCCCACAUAUGCAGGAAGAGAACUCCUUCAUCUUCAACCCUGAAAUAUUCACUCUGCUUCCCUUCCCAGGUCCUGCCUGACCCGCUGAGCAUCCCCUCCAUAUUUUACUAUCAAGACAGUACAAUGUCCUCAGAGUCACUGGUGAGACAGAUCUCUCAUGUUGAUCCUUAGCAGUGGCACAGAUCUGUUGCAAUGUACUGACGUUUUUAAAAACAAUUAGGUCACAAGACAAGACGAUGGAACAAGAAAGUGCACAGGAUGAACUUGAUAUUUACUGGGGUGACAUGUGAACUGUUUCUGUUUCUUAUAGAGGAAAAACUAGUUCUUCACCUUAUUCUCAGUUGAGGGGAGGGGGUGGAAUCCAGCUGUCCAGCUAAAUGGCUGCAGCAUUCAAAGUAAAUUGUACAAGUGCCUGAGGAGUAGUGAUGCACAAAAUAUUGGCCUACAUUGUCCGGUGAUAAAACUGUUCUAUUCCCAAUGUAUUAUCUGGAUUACAUGUUUACUAAAAGUCACUGAUCUUGUUAAUGUUGGCCUUUAUCCUCUGAUAAAAGGGAAAAGAUUCCAGUUAUUUUUAUUUAUUUUUUAGAGAUACAACACAGAAUAUUUCUUCUG